AUGCCUUCCGCGUCGAAUCUCGUCUACGCGAACGAACAAGGUCCACCGCCAGUUAGGCGAUUAACGAUUAAGCUGCCGAAUUUCGUAACUGGAAUAAGGAUGAUCAAUCGCAACGAAAGAAGAGCGGUAGCUUGUGUGCUGCUAGCAAUUACAGCCGUUGUAGCCGCUGCGUCCUAUGACCGUGAGCGACUUGAGAUUGCUAAGCAAAUAUUGGAAGAAGUACCUCUCACUGAUGGGCACAAUGAUCUGCCUUGGAACAUUCGCAAGUUUCUUCGGAAUCAGAUCAACGAGUUCGAACUGGACACAGAUCUAACUAGAGUUGAACCUUGGUCUAUUUCGAAGUAUUCUCACACAGAUCUGCCUAGACUGAGGGAAGGAAUGGUCGGAGCUCAAUUCUGGUCGGCUUUUGUUCCGUGUGCAACACAAAAUAAGGAUGCCGUUCAACUGACGCUGGAACAAAUUGACGUUAUCAAGCGCCUGGUAGACAAAUAUCCUCAUCAACUUCAAUUGGCUACAUCAGUUACGGACAUAUUGCAAGCACACAGUGAAAGGCCACGAAAAAUUGCUUCGCUGAUUGGAAUCGAAGGUGGACACUCUAUUGCCAAUUCCCUUGGCGUUCUGCGCAGUUACUAUCAACUCGGGGUCAGAUACAUGACACUCACACACACGUGCAACACUCCUUGGGCCGAUUCGUCCAAUGAAACACCUGUCGCCAAUGGACUUACGGAGUUUGGAGAGAAAGUCGUGAAAGAAAUGAAUCGGCUUGGUAUGUUGGUGGACCUAUCCCAUGUUGGAGAGAACACGACAAGGGCAGCCAUUCGUGUAUCAAAGGCACCGGUCAUCUUCAGCCAUUCAUCCGUGUACAGUCUUUGCCCCCAUAAACGCAAUGUCCCUGACGAUAUCAUACAGUCGUUGAAAGAAAACGGUGGAAUUAUAAUGGUUAACUUUUUCCCUGACUUUGUGAAAUGUGCACCAAAUGCUACGCUGACGGACGUUGCUGAACAUUUCCAUUAUAUCAAGAAAUUGGUUGGAGCGGACUUCAUAGGCAUUGGCGGUGAUUAUGACGGAGUUAAUCGUGUGCCAAGGGGGUUGGAGGAUGUGUCUAAAUACCCGGAGCUAUUUGCGGAGCUUCUUCGCAGUGGACAAUGGAGCGUUCAAGAAUUGAAGAAUCUUGCUGGUCUUAACAUGUUACGAGUAAUGAGACAGGUGGAAAAGGUCCGAGAUGAAAUGCGAACGAAUGGUGUGGAACCCGAAGAACAUCCUGAUUCGCCUAACGAUAACGGAAAUUGUACUAGUAAUGCUUUCUAUACCGAAUACGUCUAA